AUGGCCUUGGGGGAAGAAAAGGCAGAGGUGGAGGCAUCCGUGGACACAAAGACCCCGUCCUGCGGGCGGCAGAGCUGCGGGGCGCAGGAGGUGGACACCCCGGGGCUCGUAGGCGGGAAGCAGGAGGAGCCACCAUGCCUGGAAGCCCAGACUGCGGCAGGGUCUGCCUCCCCCGUGUGGGGGAUAGAGGGGCUGUCUGCCCCUGCCGCCAGCCCCUCUGGAUAUGACCAGCCCCAGGCCAACACCACCAGCAGGGAGCCAGUAGCUGGUAGAUCUAAGCUUGCUCUUGGUUGCCUGCCCCUUCCUGCUGGCACUGGGACUAGAGACCCUUUGCACUCUGUGGCAAGCCAGAUGGAAGAGACCAGGCUUUCUGCCUCAGAGGACCUACCUCAGACUCUUAGCGUUCCCCGAGCCACAGGCAUUUGCUCAGGACAUGAUGCCGACAGCGAAGAUGACCCGUCCCCGGUUGAGUCGCCACGGGCACUAGACCUCAGCCAGCAGCCCCACAGCUUGGGUUUCCCUUUCCCGCCAAGGUGGAGGCCGUUGGGGAGCCAGGCCGCCGUUGCUCCUCAGUUCUCCAGCUGCAGCGUCUCUGCCUCCUCCCCGGGCAGCAGUCUGCAGGGUCACCGAGAGAAGGCAGAGCCUCCAAGUUGCUCCAUUACCAAGGUCUCCUCCUCCCUGGAACUGGUCGUCCCCCAGUCGGCCCCCUCCAUGGUGGGGCCAGGGCCGGGGCUCCAGUGGUCACCACAGCCUGCAUCCCCCGGGGUUGAUGCUCCUGGGCUGGGCAGGAGGCGCCUCUCCUUCCAGGCUGAGUACUGGGCCUGUGUGCUACCAGAUUCCCUGCCUCCUUCGCCUGACCGCCACUCUCCGCUCUGGAACCCGAAUAAAGAGUAUGAAGAUCUGCUGGACUAUACUUACCCACUUAGGCCCAAACCUCAACUCCCAAAGCACCUUGACAGCCAUAUACUGGCUGACCCUGUCCUGCAGGACUCAGGUGUAGACCUGGAUAGCUUUUCUGUUUCCCCAGCAAGUACCCUGAAGUCACCCACUAACGGCUUCCAGAAUUGCCCAUCAGCGGAGGCCUCUGCCCUGCCAUUCUCUAGGCCCAGAGAGCCAAGCCUUAUGCGGUGGCCCUCUGGAGUACCCCAGAAGCAGGGCAGCGUUGGUUUGGCAUCUUGUAACCAGCUCACAUCUACCCCCAGAGCCCCAGGCAGUAGGGAUGCUCCUUGGGAGAGCAGAGAGCCAGCCCCGAGGGGUGUGAAGGACUGGCUCCCCACGGGCAAGCACCUUGAGGUCGGUUCUCCCCAGCUGAGGACAUGGGACAGAGGGUGGCCUUUGCCCAGGACAGAGAGAGAGAAGGGGGCCAGCCAGGAUGUCUGGCACCCUGGCUGCACAGAGUCUGGGUGGAAAUCAGAAGAGGAGGUAGAAAGUGAUGACGAGUACCUUGCCCUGCCCACUCGGCUGACGCAGGUUUCUAGUUUGGUUUCAUAUCUAGGUUCCAUUCCCACCUUGGUGACCCUGCCCACUGGGGCUGCCGAAGGGCAGACCUCCCCGGACGUGUCAGACAGUGAUGGGCCAGCUUCCCUCCCGUCAGACUCGAGCCAAAGCCAGCUUCCUUCUGGGGCUGCCUUCAGAGGGCCCAGGGGCCCCGAGGGCCAGAACCGCCGUUUGCUGCGCUCCUUCAUCCAGGCAAGGGCCUCUGCAGGGGAUGGCAGUGUGGGGAGCCGCCAGGCCCUGGGGGUCUCCGGACUGCUGGGAACACGCUCUUCCCUGCCAGCUGUGUGGGACCGGCGCGCGUGCUUGGACCCAGAUGCCACAGGGCAGCCUCCCGGGAAGGGGGAGCAGGGAGAAGAAUCGCUCGUGCAGUGUGUGAAGACAUUCUGCUGUCAGUUGGAAGAGCUGAUCCGCUGGCUGCAUAACAUAGCGGACAUUACAGACCACUUGAUUCCAUCCAAGUCCAAUCUUACAGGUCUCAAGUCUUCUCUGCAGCUUUACCGGCAAUUUAAGAAAGAUAUAGAUGAACACCAGUCCCUGACGGAGAGCGUCUUACAGAAAGGGGAGAUUCUUCUUCAGUGCCUGUUGGAUAACACCCCAGUGUUAAAAGAUGUCCUCGGGAGGAUCUCGAAGCAGCCCAGUGAGCUGGAGAGCCAUGCAGAUCGCCUAUAUGACGCUAUCUUAGCUUCUCUGGACAUGCUGGCCGGCUGCACCCUCAUCCCGGACAAGACGCCCGUGGCACACAAGAGUACGGAUGUGAAGGGGAUGCGCCUAGGUGCCCCGCGCUCGCACUUCUCUGCCGCUUCAAGAGAAACAGUGGCAGAACUCCUCUAUCCCUAA